AUGGCUCGUGUCCUGCGGGAACACCUGGUCUUCAAGAUUGCACCAAUGCUCAACCCUGAUGGAGUCUACCCGGGCAAUUACAGGUGCUCUCUGAUGGGGUUUGACCUGAAGCGUCACUGGCUGGAUCCCUCUCCAUGGGCCCACCCUACCCUGUAUGGGGUAAAACAGCUCAUCAUCCAGAUGUACAACGACCCAAAAACAAGCCUGGAGUUCUAUAUCGACAUCCAUGCUCACUCUACCAUGAUGAAUGGCUUCCUGUACGGCAAUGUCUUUGAGGAUGAGGAGCGCUUCCAGAGGCAGGCCAUCUUCCCCAAGCUGCUCUGCCAGAACGCUGAGGACUUCUCCUAUUCCAGCACAUCCUUCAACCGAGACGCCGUGAAGGCAGGCACUGGCCGCCGCUUCCUCGGUGGCCUCCUGGACCACACUUCCUCCUGCUACACCCUGGAGGUCUCCUUCUACAGCUACAUCAGCGGGGGCAGCACUGCUGCGGUGCCCUCCACCGAGGAAGCCUCGCCGGCACCGAAGGGGCGCACCGCGGCCACCCACCCGGAGGCGCCCGAGGCGAGAAGAGGCCCCGCGCGCCCCGGGGUCCCAGCGCAUCGCGCGGUGAGCGUUCCCCCGGGGCUCUGGGAUCCUUGGCCGCGGGUUCCCUCGCGCUACCCCCGGGUGCCCGAUGGGGCCGCCCGGGGGGCACAGGGCCUACGUCUGGAGCGCACGCAGCCCGCCCCUGCCGCGGAGUCCGAGUCCGACAUGCUGCUGCGGGGGCGCAAUGGCACGGAGUACCCUGCGCGGCAGCAGCUGGCUCCCCGGGAGGGCGCCCCCGGGAGCCGAGGGGGCGGCGCCGGGGCCCCCGCGCAGGCCAUCGUGCGCAGCCGCCACUUGCGCGCCAGGAUGACCCACAUGUUCAUCGUGUCUCUGGCCGUGUCCGACCUCUUCGUGGCCUUGCUGGUCAUGCCCUGGAAGGCUGUGGCGGAGGUGGCCGGCCACUGGCCCUUCGGGGCCUUCUGCGACGUGUGGGUGGCCUUCGACAUCAUGUGCUCCACCGCCUCCAUCCUGAACCUGUGCGUCAUCAGCGUGGACCGCUACUGGGCCAUCUCCAGGCCCUUCAGCUACCAGCAGAGGAUGACCCCGCGCGUGGCCCUGGUCAUGGUGGGCCUGGCCUGGACCCUGUCCAUCCUCAUCUCCUUCAUCCCGGUCCAGCUCCACUGGCACCGGGACGAGGCAGGCUCCCGGGGCGCGGUGGACCCGCCGCCAGCCGACCUGGCCAACGGGACGUCCUGGGGGACAGCGGGGGACCCAGAGGUACGGGAGGAGAACUGUGACUCCAGCCUGAACCGCACUUACGCCAUCGCCUCCUCGCUCAUCAGCUUCUACAUCCCCGUGGCCAUCAUGAUCGUGACCUACGCGCGCAUCUACCGCAUCGCGCACGCCCAGAUCCGCAGGAUUGCCUGCCUGGAGCGGGCGGGGCAGCGCGCGCAGAGGUGCGGGGGCCGUGAGCCGGAGCCCGGCCUGCGGGUGUCCAUCCAGAAGGAGACCAAGGUGCUGAAGACCCUGUCGGUGAUCAUGGGGGUCUUCGUGUGCUGCUGGCUGCCCUUCUUCCUCCUGAACUGCAUGGCCCCCUUCUGCAGCCGCCGCCCCGAAGGCGCCCGCGCCGGCUUCCCCUGCGUCAGCGACACCACCUUCGACGUCUUCGUCUGGUUCGGCUGGGCCAACUCCUCGCUCAACCCCGUCAUUUACGCCUUCAACGCGGACUUCCGGAAGGUGUUCGCCCAGCUGCUGGGGUGCGGCCGCCUCUGCUCCCGGCGCACCCGGGUGGCGACGGUGACCCUCAGCAACGAGCUCAUCUCCUACGACCAGGACACCGUCUUCUCCAGGGAGACCGCAGCCGCCUACAGCCACGUGGUCCACAGCGAGGUGACCCCCCGCCACAGGGAGGGGGACAAGGAGGAGGAGGGCCCUUUGGAUCUCAUGUGCCAGACCGCUCAAGCGUCCCCAGAGGGUGACCCUGCCGCCCAGUCUGUCUGGGAGCUGGGCUGUGAGGGGGAGACUUCAUUAGGCAAAACGACGCCUUUCACCUCAAGUGGGUUCCAUUAAACUGCAUACAAUGCCCUUCGUGGACCUACAGAGCUGCCCAGACACUGAAGCACGGGAACACACACACACACACACACACACACACACACACACACACACACGUCCAGUGUUGCUCGGAUCACCAUCGCUCCUGUCUCUGUGUAGUAGCGUUUGUGCUUAGAAACCUUACCUGACUGGUUUGUUGUUGAAAGAAUUGGCAGAAGCAAUUGGGGCAAACUCGGUGUAAUAUACCCCAGUCUGGCAGAUGCGGACCGAUGGUCCUUUUAGAGGUGGUGUUUGGUCCUUACAAAAAACUGGAAAUGUGGGACUUGGUCUUAAACAUAUAUCCUCUUCCCCUUUAAACCAAUGGAUGGCUCAGCGACUUGGGCUCGGGCGGCUUUUUGGAUAGGUUCAGCGUGUGC